AUGUCGGACGAGAAGAAUGACCACAGCGCCGUGCACAUGGCAACAGCACAAUUCCGAGAUGAUAGGAUAUGUGCAGAUGGCGACAAAGCCUCCAGUUGUGCGACGCCAGAACAGAUUGCUGAACGCGGUGAGGCCGCAGCAACUGACAAAUAUGGCCAUUCGCUGAUACAAUUUGAUGCGGCUGCUGAAAGAAAGCUUCGUCUUAAGAUUGAUCUCUAUGUUGUACCUACAGUAGCCAUACUGUACCUCUUUUGCUUCAUUGAUCGGACAAAUCUGGGCAAUGCCAGGAUCGCCGGGCUCGAGGCUGAAUUAGGCUUCACUGGCUAUAAUUACAACGAAAUCAUCACAAUGUUCUACAUCUCAUACGUUAUUUUCGAAAUUCCCGCCAAUUUACUCUGCAAAUAUAUAGGACCAGGGUGGUUUCUCCCAUCCGCAACCAUAUUAUUCGGAGUUGCUUCACUGGCUACGGGCUAUGUCCACAAUUACGCCCAGAUGGCUGGCGUACGGUUCCUGUUAGGUAUCUUUGAAGCCGGCAUGCUACCCGGCUGCGCGUACUAUCUGUCCAGAUGGUAUCGUCGAUCAGAGCUUGCAUUCCGUUUAGCCCUCUACAUCGUCACCGCACCCUUGGCAGGCGCCUUUGGUGGACUUCUCGCCUCGGCUAUUCUCAAGCUAGACAGUUUUGCUGGGUUACAUAAAUGGCGAAUGAUCUUCGCUAUUGAGGGCAUUAUCACGAUUGGUCUUGGCCUCAUUGCCCUGUUCACACUUACGGACCGGCCAGAGACUGCGCGUUGGUUAACACCCGAAGAAAAGGAGCUGGCUAUUUCACGAGUCAAGUCAGAGCGCGUUGGCCAGACCGUUGUGCUGGAUAAAAUUGACACAAAGAAGCUCGUCCGAGGAAUCUUUAGCCCCGUUACGCUAAGCGUGGCGUUCAUAUUCCUUCUGAACAAUAUUACCGUACAAGGCUUCGCCUUCUUCCUCCCGACCAUCGUCAAGACGAUUUAUGGAUCAAAGAGCACUAUUGAACAACAACUGUUGACCGCUCCACCAUACCUAGUAGGUGCAGUGUUCAUGAUUCCCUUCCCCCUUAUGAGUUGGAGAAUGGACAAACGACAGAUCUUCAUCACCCUUUCCGCACCAUUGGUCAUGGUUGGGUACUGCAUGUUCCUUGGAUCGGAAGCCUCGUCUGUUCGGUACGCCGCGACGUUUCUCAUUGCCGCAUCGACUUUUAGCAACGGUGCCAUGUGCAAUGCGCAGGUAUCUGCGAAUGUCGUCAGCGACACAGCACGAAGCGCCGCUAUUGGUACGAAUGUGAUGAUGGGGAAUAUUGGCGGUCUGAUUAGCAGCUGGGCUUUCUUGCCGUGGGAUUCUCCAAACUUUCACAUUGGCAAUGGGUUGAAUUUGGCUGCUGCGGGCACUAUUCUUGUUGUUUCCGUGUUGACGCAUGUGUGGAUGAACUUGAAUAAUAAGAAACGGGUACAGAGAGAUGUUGACGAGGAACUACGGGGUUUGUCGCAGAAGGAAAUUGAGGAUUUGGAUUGGAAACAUCCUGCGUUCCGGUGGCGGCCAUGA